AUGAGCAAAAAAAGAAAGAGUUAUGAAAAUGAUGAGGACCUUUAUGAUAAUAAAAGGAAUAAGAAAAAUGUUGCUUCAAGUAUUGAUAGUUAUGGAAGAAAAGUUUGGGAUAAAGAAUAUUAUCAAAAGAAGGUUGAUGAAAAAGUUGAGAAUGAUGAGGAUGAAUUAAUAUUAAAAUUGUUACCUGAUUUAAAAAAAAAAUCUAAACUUGAGCCACCUCCACCAUCAGAAAGAAAAUUAUUAGAAGAAAGAAAAGAAAAUUUAUUAUUAGAAAAAAAUUUAGGUAAAGUUCAAAUUUUAACUCAGAAAACUCCUAAAAAUGAACAAGGAGGUUAUUAUUGUAAAAUAUGUGAUUGUGUGCUUAAGGAUUCACAAACAUACUUAGAUCACAUUAAUGGAAAGAAUCAUAAUAGAAUGUUAGGUUAUAGUAUGAAGGUAAAAAAAGUUACUUUAGAUGAUGUAAAAAAGAGAUUAAGCCUUCUUAAAGAUAAGAAACAAAACAAAACAGAGGAUGUCGAAAAAGAUCCAUAUGAAGAGGCUAAGAAAAAUUUAAAAGAUAUGCAAAAAGAUGAAGAAAGGAGAAUCCAAAAAAGAAAGGAAAAGAAGAUGCUAAAGAAAUUAGAAAAGGAAAAAAAGAAAAACGAAAAUGAAAAAGGAAGUGAAAAUGAAAAUGACGAUGAAGAAUCGGAAAAUAUGAAUAUGAUGUUCAAAGAAAUGGGACUACCGACAUCCUUUGUAUGA